AUGGAAUGGUGCCAGCGGGCUGGGCUCAUCAUGGUGCCGGGUGCCGUCCUGGCCCGAGGGAGGGAUGUGUGCAAGCGGAAUGGACUGCUCAUCUUGUCUGUGUUAUCUGUCACCGUGGGCUGCCUCCUCGGCUUCUUCCUGAGGACCCGGCGCCUCUCUCCACAGGAAAUUAGUUACUUCCAGUUUCCUGGAGAGCUAUUGAUGAGGAUGUUGAAGAUGCUGAUCCUACCACUGGUGGUGUCCAGCUUGAUGUCUGGCCUCGCCUCCCUGGAUGCCAAGACCUCCAGCCGCCUGGGCAUCCUCACCGUGGCGUACUACCUGUGGACCACCUUCGUGGCAGUCGUCGUGGGCAUCAUCAUGGUCUCCGUCAUCCACCCGGGUGGGGCGGCCCAGAAGGAGAUUACAGAGCAGAGUGGGAAGCCCAUCAUGAGCUCAGCCGACGCCCUGCUGGACCUCAUCCGGAACAUGUUCCCAGCCAACCUGGUGGAAGCCACAUUCAAACAGUACCGCACCAAGACCACUGCCGUUAUCAAGUCCCCCAAGAUGGCAUCGGAGGAGGCCCCCUCUCGGCGGAUCCUCAUCUAUGGGGUCCAGGAAGAGAAUGGCUCUCAUGUGCAGAACUUCGCCCUGGACCUGACCCCGCCGCCCGAGGUCGUUUACAAGUCAGAGCCUGGCACCAGCGAUGGCAUGAACGUGCUGGGCAUCGUCAUCUUCUCCGCCACCAUGGGCAUCAUGCUGGGCCGCAUGGGUGACAGUGGGACCCCCCUGGUCAGCUUCUGCCAGUGCCUCAAUGAGUCUGUCAUGAAGAUCGUGGCGGUGGCUGUGUGGUACUUCCCCUUUGGCAUUGUGUUCCUCAUUGCCGGCAAGAUCCUGGAGAUGGACGACCCCACGGCUGUGAGAAAGAAGCUGGGCUUCUACGCAGUGACUGUGGUGUGCGGGCUGGUGAUCCACGGCCUCUUCAUCCUGCCCACGCUGUACUUCCUCAUCACCAAAAAGAACCCCAUCGUCUUCAUCCGCGGCAUCCUCCAGGCCCUGCUCAUCGCACUGGCCACCUCCUCCAGCUCAGCCACACUGCCCAUCACCUUCAAGUGCCUGCUGGAGAACAACCACAUUGACCGGCGCAUUGCCCGCUUUGUGCUGCCUGUGGGCGCCACCAUCAACAUGGACGGCACCGCGCUCUACGAGGCUGUGGCUGCCAUCUUCAUUGCCCAGGUCAACAACUAUGAGCUGGACUUUGGCCAGAUCAUCACCAUAAGCAUCACAGCCACCGCAGCCAGCAUCGGCGCAGCUGGCAUCCCCCAGGCUGGGCUCGUCACCAUGGUCAUCGUGCUCACCUCUGUGGGACUUCCCACUGAUGACAUUAACCUCAUCAUCGCUGUCGACUGGGCUCUGGACCGUUUCCGCACCAUGAUUAACGUGCUGGGUGACGCGCUGGCCGCGGGGAUCAUGGCCCACAUCUGCCGGAAGGACUUUGCUCAGGACACGGGCGCUGAGAAACUGCCACCCUUUGAGACCAAGCCAGUGAGUCUCCAGGAGAUUGUGGCAACACAACAGAAUGGCUGUGUGAAGAGCGUGGCUGAGGCCUCGGAGCUGACCCUGGGCCCCACCUGUCCCCACCACGUCCCCGUCCAAGUGGAGCAGGACGAGGAGCCAGCCACUACCAGCCUGGACCACUGCACCAUCGAGAUCAGCGAGCUUGAGACGAACGUCUGA